AUGUCUGCUGCUGUAAAGACUGCUGCUCGCAUCGACUGGUCUGCUCUUUCGAGCAAACUCAAGCCUGAAACAAUGGCUUCCGUCAAUGGCUUCCGUCGUCGUCACUCUGAACUGCUCAAGACUGUUUCUGAAUUGCGUGAACACCAAGUCACCAUCGAUUUCAACCGCUAUAAAAAUGUCUUGAAGAACAAAAAGGUUGCUGAAGAGGCCGAGCGUGCUAUCAAGGCAUUCAAGCCUGCCACUAUCGACUUGACUGAGCAGCUUUUGAUGGUUUCUGAACAGGAAAAAAAGGCUAUUUCUGCUGCACAAAAGACAACUGCAAAGAUCGAUGCCGAGAUGGCUGAACUCAAGACUUUGCUCACCAAUAUCGAGACCGCACGUCCCCUUGAGCAAAUGACUGUUGAUGAUGUUGCCAAUGCUUACCCAGCUGUCGAAAAGACCGUCGAGAAGAUGGUUAAGCGUGGCCAGUGGCGUGUUCCUGGAUACUAUGAAAAGUUCGGAGAAUUCGUUGUUGGAUUCUAAAUCUCUGCUUUCUACAUGAUGAUUUUGACAAUGACCAUCCCAUAAAACCGUUUUUGUAUCAGGGUUUACAGCUGAAUUGACAAGUCCAUCGAUUUUGAUCAAGGCAGGCGCAAAGUUUGAAAAAAUAAAAAUUCAAGCAAAAAAAUGUUGACUUUG